AGCGGGAACGCGCUGCUGCGGGAUUAUGAAUGGGAUUUCUGAGGGAAAACGAUCAUCGUUCGCGUUCAAGUUCGCACUGACUCGGAUAGUUUAAAGAGACGCGUGGAUUGACGUGUAGCCAGUGUAAGCGUACGAGGUCUCGGGUAAAACAGCACAUCAAGAGGAGCACUUACCUGUCGCGCUUACCUUCAGGAGGAUUCAUCGUUGUGAAGUUCGCGUUGAAUGGGUCGUUAUAGUUCUCAUCUAAACCUGUCUGGAUGGGAUGCACCGUGAGCUUCAUCUGUUGUGAAGAAGAUUUUCUGCAGAUGCCUUUGGAUCAACAUGUGGAGAAGAAGAAAGAAAACGGGCUCUUGUCUAAGCCUGAAGAAUUUGAAGCCGUCCAUUCUCACACCUUCCGCCUGAAGACCUUCAAGAAGGGGAAACACUGCGGCGUGUGCAAACAGACUGUAAACAAUGAGGGGCUCAUCUGCAGAGUUUGCCGGAUAGCCUGCCACCGGAAGUGUGAGGUUAAGGUUUCUGCCCCAUGUGUUCCUGUAGCCAACUAUGAACUGGCUCCCAGCAUUGAUCUCCCUCUGAAGCAUGUAGAGACAACAGGCUCCACCAAAUCCUCCAAGAGCAUGGAGUCUCGACGCAGACCAUCCAGGAGUCUGAGUUUAAUCCAGUCCAUGGAGGAAAACUAUGAGGUGGACCUGGUCUACAUCACAGAACGCAUCAUAUCUGUGACCUUCCCGAGUUCAGCAGAAGAACAAAGCUACAGCGCUAACAUAAAGGAGGUGGCCACCAUGCUACGCUCCAAACAUGGAGACAACUACUUGCUCUUCAACCUCAGUGAGAAGCGAUAUGAUAUCUCCAAACUGAAUCCCAAAGUGCUGGAUUUUGGCUGGCCGGAUCACCACGCUCCUGCCCUGGAUAAGAUCUGCAGCAUCUGUAAAGCAAUGGACACGUGGAUGAAUGCAGACAGUCACAAUGUGGUGGUCUUACACAAUAAGGGAAACCGAGGUCGAACAGGGGUGGUUGUCGCGGCGUACAUGCAUUACAGCAACAUAUCAGCAAGUGCGGAUCAGGCUCUUGACAGGUUCGCCAUGAAGAGGUUUUAUGAAGAUAAAGUGCUUCCUGUAGGUCAACCCUCCCAGAAAAGGUAUGUGCAGUAUUUCAGCGGUCUGCUCUCCGGCCACAUCAAAAUCAACAACAAGCCUCUGUUUCUCCAUCACGUCAUCAUGCACGGGAUCCCCAACUUUGAGUCUAAAGGAGGUUGCCGCCCUUUUCUCAAGAUCUACCAGGCCAUGCAGCCCGUCUACACAUCUGGGAUCUAUAAUGUGCAGGGAGACAGUCAGACCAGCAUCUGUAUCACCAUCGAGCCCGGCCUGCUCCUCAAAGGAGACAUACUGCUCAAGUGUUACCACAAGCGUUUCCGCAGCCCGUCUCGUGACGUCAUCUUCCGUGUGCAGUUUCACACCUGUGCCGUUCAUGACCUGGGCAUCGUCUUUGGCAAAGAUGAGCUGGAUGAAACUUUUAAAGACGACAGAUUUCCUGAAUAUGGGAAGGUGGAAUUUGUCUUUUCUUUUGGUCCAGAAAAAAUCCAAGGAAUGGAUCACCUUGAGAACGGGCCCAGUGUUUCAGUGGACUACAACACCCAAGACCAUCUGAUUCGAUGGGAUUCAUAUGAGACCUUCAACCAGCGCUGUGAAGACUCCAUGGAUGACGUUAUUCACACACAAGGUCCAUUGGAUGGUAGCCUCUACGCUAAGGUCCGGAAGAAAGAGUCUUUGGAUGGAGAAGUCACAACCAAUGGUAUCCCAGCUGCUUCCGAUCACUCAUUACCUGUCGUAGACCACACCCUACCCCCAGUCGACCACGCCUUGUCUGUAAGCAGCGACUCGGGCAACUCCACAGCAUCCAUCAAGACUGACCGUACUGAUGAAGCCAGCCAGCAGCCGGCCUUGGUGAGUCAGUUGUCCUCCCAGCCCCUCAGCCCAGAGGAAAAACAAGAGCUGGAUCAGUUGCUCAGCGGUUUGGAAGCCCCAAUGCAUCGGUCAGGUUACCAGAGCGGCGCGGGGAGUGGAGGGGGAGGAGUCCUACACCUUGUCCCCGCCCAGGUUCACGUGAACGGACAUAACACCGUAGACAGAGAAACUGACAUUCUUGAUGAUGACCUGCCCAUCAGUCAGGAGGGAAACAGCGUGGACAGUCUUGGAACCUUGUCGUCAUUCGAAGGCAGAGCCACUCCAGCGGACCUGUACUACCAGACGGAGACGGUAAUUAAUGGGCAAGACGUGCCCUAUAUGGAGAAGAGCGUCCACGAGAAAGUGCCAGAGCCUAAAGUUCCCGUUCGUGGCUCUUUAUCUGCACAGGACAACUUGGGAGCUCCUAGUGGCUAUGCCAACCAGAAUGGUAUCAUCUAUCGAUCGCAAUCUUUCGGUGCAGCCCCAAACAUGGAGCAAAAAUACAUGCCUAAAGCUCCCACGCGCACAAUCAGCAGCAAGGAAGCGGUGCAGAGAGGACUGAACGUGUGGCAGCAAUAUGGGGUUCCAGAGGUCCCUGAUACGGACGUCACCUUCAACCCCGUCCUGCAAUCGCACAGCCUGCCCGAAUUCCCCCACAUGGCGUCACAGCAUGAAAUUGAGCAGUCUAUCGAGGCGCUCAACAUGCUGAUGUUGGAUCUUGACCCGGCACUUACCCAAGUGCCCAAAUCCCACAGUGCCCCCUCUGGAGAGGGAGGUGUAGUCACCACUCAACCGUCUUUCGCUCAGAGCCAAGCACGGCCAUCCUUCCAGGGGGACGCUGCCAUUCACGAGCGCGGAAGAGCCUCUCCGGUGGGUUAUCCUCUGGUCCAUCAGCAGAUCUCAUCGGGGUCCCUGGAGUCACCGCAGGCUGUCAUUAACCAGCAGAGACCCACGACUUUAUCCCAGCAUGCUUCCUUUUCCCCUGAGGCCGAGGGUCAGGUCCCUGCUCACAUGUACCAAUCGACAGUGCCUUCAUCAACCUUCGGAGCUCUCCAGCUGAAACCCCUGAACAUCUACCCCUCCAGUACCGCCUCACAGUCCCCGGAGCCGCAGGAGAGCCAGCGCAACUACUUUUCUUCCUCAUCUUCUCUGCCCAGAGAGAGCGAACCAGAAGAUGGCAACUACAGAUUGGAGGGUCUUGUAGCUCACCGUGUAGCUGAGUACACUGCUCGUAUCCGAGGAAUCAAAGGCCGGCCGGGUGUUCCUGAGCUCGGCCACCGCCGGCGUUCCCUCUCCUUUAGUGGAGUUCGGUCCGGUGAAAUGUCACCAGUUGAGACUUCAGCUCCGGGGCGACGUCGGACCGCCAGCGAGAGUCUGUCUCAAGACGAGAGCCCGACCAGAGGAAGUUCAGUCCGCUCCCCCGUGCGCUGCAUCUCACCCGAGAUGGCCACUACAAUAGCUUUGAACCCUGGGGGGCGGCCCAAGGAGAAGCACAUGCACAGCUACAGAGAAGCAUUUGAGGAAAUGGACGGGGGUCCCAUCAGCCCCCCUCCGUUCGUCGGUGGUGAGGCCCUACCCCAAACCCCUGCCUUCCCUGUCUCGCCACAAACCCCUUACUUCAACCUGUGUCGAUCUCCUCCAGGAUUGGCAAAAACUCCACUGUCCUUUCUGGGUCUGAAGCCCCACAACCCUGCUGAGAUAAUGCUCAACCAGACAGGCUCAGAGCCUCGUAGCUAUGUGGAGUCUGUGGCCAAAGCCGCAGCGGUGGCGGGCGGACCACACGGUUCACCCAUGACCCCGACUUAUGACAGCGACAGUUUAGCUCAUCCAUCCGGCCCAUCCCACAGCCCGAACGCUCCACUGUCCUCCAGCAGCCCUAUUCAGAGCCCCGAUGCAGUUGAGAGUACAUUGGUUGAUAGUGGAGUUAUGAUGAAUUCUCCACCUCGGGCUGUUGUCGAAACCGGCUAUCACUCCCAGCCACCCGAAAGCAUGUACCGCAUGCCCACACCCUCCUACCCCUCAUCCAACAGCAUGCUGGGUAGCUAUAUCCAUCCUGAUUACAGCCCAUCCCUACCGGAGACCGUCCAAAACAUCACCACAACCACACAACCCAUCCCCGGGAGCCCUGCUACGAGACACUACGGUGCCGUGCCCGACAUGACAUUUGCUCCCAGCAUUCAGCACAGAAUACCCAAUCAGGACAGCCCCAUCCUGGGCCGACAGCCAGCUAACGGUCACCCGCCGGGAAUGGCAGGCAGCCCCAUGCAAGGGAGACACACGAUGGUGUCCCAGGGUACACAGAGCAGCCCGAUGCUGACCAGACAGUACCCCACCAACCAGGGGUCUCCGGGUAGCCCGAUUCUCAGCAGACAGCCAAUGGGUCAACAGGCUGUUCAGAGCAGCCCAGUUCUCAGCCGACAGCCGGCUCUGAAUCAACAGAUCAUUAUGCCCAGUCAGAGCAGCCCGGUAUUGAGCAGACAGCCGUCUGUCACGCAGGCCAGCCCCAUCCUGACCAGACAGGCUUCCCUGCCGCAUCCCAAUCAGGCCAGUCCUGUUCUCGGACACCACCCGUCGAUAACGCAAGGUAGCCCUAUUUUGGACAGACACCCAAUACAAUACAGUGGCUACAACACUCCGGACGAGAGGCAUGGAGCUCUGUCCCGCCAAAGCAGCUCCUCUGGAUACCAACCGCCGUCCACGCCGUCUUUCCCCGUCUCUCCUGCCGGAUACAUGGAGGGAGCGGGAUUCAGACAGGGCAGCCCCAGUAUGCAACCGCAGCUUCCCGAGAAGAGACGCAUGUCCAGCGGCGAGCGGCCCAACGGAGGCCUGUCCUACGGAACGCUGAAUGGGAAAAUGUCCUCGCCGAUGUCCAGUGGAGGCAGCACUCCGAGCGUACAUUUCUUCCACACUCUUCCGGAUUUCUCCAAACUCGACAUGUGCGAUGGAAGUCCAGAGAUCAGGAUGAACGUAAAGUUCGUCCAGGACACGUCCAAAUUCUGGUAUAAACCAGAUAUCUCCAGAGACCAAGCGAUCAACAUGCUGAAGGAUCAAGACCCGGGAGCUUUUGUUAUUCGAGACAGUCAUUCUUUCAGAGGUGCCUACGGCCUGGCCAUGAAAGUUGCUUCGGCACCUCCGACCAUGCAGCCCACAAAGAAAGCUGGAGAUGUCACCAAUGAGCUCGUGAGACAUUUCUUGAUUGAGACGAGUCCAAAGGGUGUGAGACUGAAGGGCUGCCCCAAUGAGCCUUACUUCGGUUGCUUGUCCGCGCUGGUGUACCAGCACUCCAUCACUCCACUGGCUCUACCCUGCAAACUCGUGAUUCCAACCACAGAUCCUCUGGAUGAGUCGCCCGAGACGGCGACACCAGUUAACCUGGCCGCUGAGAUGCUCAAACAGGGUGCAGGGCAGAAGAGUUCUACUGAAGCCCAUGCAUGCAAUGUUCUGUACCUGAACUCUGUGGAUAUGGAGUCCCUGACCGGGCCUCAGGCCAUUGCCAAGGCAAUCUCAGAAACAAUGACAACCAACCCGGCACCCACAGCCACGGUUGUUCAUUUCAAGGUGUCGGCGCAAGGCAUCACGCUUACUGACAACCAGAGAAAGCUUUUCUUCAGACGACAUUAUCCCAUCAACACAGUCACAUUCUGUAAUAUCGACCCCCAGGAGAGAAAGUGGAGCAAACCAGACGGUGGAAAUGCAAGGUUCUUUGGCUUCGUGGCCAGGAAACAAGGCAGCACGACCGACAACGUGAGCCACCUGUUUGCUGAAAUGGAUCCCGAUCAGCCGGCCACGGCGAUCGUGAACUUCGUCUCAAAAGUGAUGCUCGGCUCUCAGAAGCGGUGAACGUUUACCGCGCCGCUCGCCGGAGGACUUUCUGUUUGUUUCGUUUUGAGUUCUUUGAGUUUCUGUUUUUCGUUCGUUUGGGUGUGAGGUUGCGUGUACGUGUGUGACGGAGGGCGAUCCGGGCGGAGACGAGGAAGCGGGAUAGAGGAAGUGCAGCGUGGGAGUAGAGGAAUGACGUGCAGAGGGGAGGUGGUCUUCAUCUCACUUUGAGGGAAGGUGGAAAUGAUGUCAGUGAUUUUGUUGCUCUUUUUUUUUAAGAAAAAAGGAAAAGAAAACGUAAAAAGAGGGGCGAAGAGGAGGCUGAAAUUAGACUUUGGGGGCUGAUGUACCAAAGCUGAGAGAGCAGUCAGGACAAACCCGGUCAUCAUUCAUGAUAGGUCUUGGUUCGCCACGACAGCUUUGACAAACUGUACAUAAGAACUGAUAAGAACUUAAAUUCUUUUCCUUUUAAACGCCGCUUCUGUUUUUCACACGAGACCAUUUCACAUCCGCACACAGCCAGUGCUGUGUCACCUCACCAAGCAACUUAAAGCAUGUUGCUUCUGUUCGCCUCAGAAAGUCGGUAUUUCCAACUCACUCCUUGAAAAAGUAAGACUUCCAACUUGGAAACUUGUGAAGAAACCUUGACUCAUUGCAAGCACAUCAUGCAUAAACAACGUUAUGCAAUUGCUUGGUGAUUUUAUUUCAAGCUUUUCACAGUUCUGCUUUUGUUGCAAAGCCGCUUUGCAGAAAAAACAAAGCAGUAUAGAAACAAGAUAAAGAAAUGUCAUUUUAUUGUCUUUGUUUUAGACAUGUCUAUGCAAAGAAGUUUUCAUGUUGCAAGUCUUUAUCCGGAUUUCAAUGCAAGUAGAUAAUACACAUGAUCCAACUGUACUAUACUCCAGUAUUUACUCUAGUAAACUACAGAAAACUGCAGUAUACUGAAGUAAAUUUUAGUGAUUGCUACUAUAUUCUUGUAUACUACAGCAUUCUGUUGUUUUAAGUAUUAUAAACUGAUAAACUGCAGUAAGUACUGUAGUAUACUGGAAUUUUGUGUACUACAAUAGUAUACUACUGUUGGGUCCAAAAAAACAAACGUUAUUUUACCAUAAUUUGGUAAACACUGAAGUAUACUAUAGGAUUUGUUUUCGUGCAGGAGGUUGGAAAUUCUGACUCGCGAGGUUGACACAGCAUCACACGCAUCAGUCUUUAGUUUCUGUUGACCUCUGUGUGAUGCAGGUGUCCAUCAUCCACUGCUGUGCUCUCUUCUCAACCAGAAGCGUGUUGUACGGUUGUGUUUCUGGCAGAAGGUGUGUGUCUGUCACUCUAUCUUUAUGCCUCUCUUAAAAACACACACACACAGUAUCAUUCUACCCCAAAGUAAGCUAAGUACAUAUAUAUAAAAUACUUCAAAAAAGUGAUUUUACUGAAUAUUUAUUGUAUUAUGUUUUUGCUACAUUUUCUCUUUCAUGUUAACUCAUUUACUCAUAGGUAUGUUGUAUAGUCUACAUAAAGAUUAGCCUUGGAAAGAAAUACUCUUUAUUUUGGCUAAUAUUUCAAAAUAUCAUGUCAUUUUGAGAAGCAUUCUAUUAUAUGGUGUAAAAUGUAUGUAUUUGAAAGCUUGUCACUAUUUUCUCAGUUUUUCUUUGGCUUUAAAGGAGCGUAGGCUUUGAAGUAGAAAUCGUCCCUUUGGACGACUAUCUCAUACUUAAAGAAUACAUCUAAAGAUUACAAAGUGAGUUGGCCGAUAUGUUUACUGCGAGAGGCUUUGUGUAAAGAAAAGUAAGGAAACGAGUCUUUAUUUUUGUAUUAUUAUUAAUAUUAUUUUUGCAUCCCUUCCCUACCAUUAUUCAGCCCACACUGUAACCCAGCGUUCCCAGUAGUCAGUCAGAAUUCAGUAUUUUGUUUCAUACUGCCAUCUUGAGGAGCUGACGGGUAUUGCUAGCCAUGUUUUCCAUCUAUGCACCCCCUCCCUUACAGUCACAGAACAGGUCCUUGUAAAUUUACUUUAAAACAAAUACUGCAGUGUUUUAACUGUGAUUCGAGGAGAACGUCCCCAGCGAUGGACAAACAGGAUCUCUAUGUCUCCCUUAAACUGGUUUGAUUCCCUCCUGUCCCGUGCCAUCCAGAAUGGGGUGGCUUUAGGCUGAAUAAAAAAACAAGUCUUUCUUUUUUGUAUGUAAAUACUUCAUUUUUGCCAAAGAUUUUAUUUUACUUGUGUAUGCCUUAGUUUGAGUAAUGAUAACCGUCUGGUCGGCGCGCAAACGGCGGCUUGUUUAAGGCAUGGGGGGUCUAUUUUGACUUGAUGCAGAUACUAUAUGACUGCGUUUGGUUGCCAUUAAGCCCUUUGUUCAGCCUUUUAAAAAAAACUACUCCAAGAAAAGCAAAGCACUUAAUAAUUAGGAGCUGAAGAAAAAAUAAAAUAUGAAAUAAAUAUGACUGCUUCACUUAGUCUAACAAUCGUUGGCCCAGAUAGAGCCGACACAUUGCUUUCGAGAGAGGAUCUGCAGAAUGAUGAAAAAACAGAUUUUAAAAGUGUUUAAUGAAGCAAAGAGUGCACAUCUAAAAAUACAAGUUCCUAAAAGGUUUUCUGUUGACUGUAUGAUUCUUUGGGGAACCAAAAAUGCUGCAAAGAACCCUUUCAGCAUCUUUAUUUUUUAAGAGUGUGUGACAUGAAUCGUUGGUGGAAAAUAUGAUCAAAUGAACCAAAAUAUGGAACACGCAAAGAGCAGGAAAAUGCAGAUCUUCCAUCAUUGCAGGUGUCUGUUCCAUCUGGGUCCACAUGUGAAUGAUUACGCACACGUAGAAUACCUAUAACUUGCUUUGCUUGCCUUUCUGGACAUUUCAUUUGGUGCAUUGGUUACGAAAAGAAAAAGAAAAUCACAUACGAAGACAACCACACAAAAAUGACGUAUGGCAGAUUUUCUGGAAUCUCUUGGCAGUCGGAGAAAGAGAUCUUCCAGCAAAAUCAGCUCUCCACCUCUCGAUGUAUUAGCCAGCAGUGUUGUAUUAUUAUAUUUUUUUACGUCCACUUGUUAACAGACUUAGAAUGUGUGAAUGAGCUACUAUUGCUGUACAGAACCACGUCUUUUUAUUUGCUUCAUGUUUUACAGCCUCAUUGUAUUGUUUUGGCAAAUAAAAUAUAUAAUAAAGAAUGAUCCAAAUCAAUAAAAUACAAUAAAAUACAAUAAAAAAGUACACUGUUGCUAUAAAA